UAACAGGCGCCCCCGCCCUGCCUCUAUUGUCAGCGGUUACGAGAGAAAUAUAUAUUUAUUUCAAACAUGGAGAAGGAUAAAAAGGACCAAGACUCCACGUGUCUAUAGCGGCCAUUACUGGGAAGGAUUUGGGAGGUUGGAACGAAAGUGACGUAAGGUUGAGCUGAUCCUCAGCACUUGAGGUCUCAGCAGAAACAACCAGAAGUCCUACACAAAGAGAGCAGUCUGACCCUACUGACAACCAGCUGUCCGCUAUUACAGAAGGCAUUUAGGGUGAAUGUGGCUCAGGAGAGAGCACGAUCGUCCUUCAAUCAGAGGAAAGGCGGUUUGAUUCUCAGCUCUCUUAAUCCGCAUGUCCUUGGCAAAGACACUUACCCCAGCACUACUCUGCAGCAAUGGAGGAGCUGGUGUGUGAGCUUCGUCUAUUCCUGGACCUGUUGGACAGGGAGUAUCUGAGUGCAGGGAUUCGAGAGAAGAAGAUGCACCUCUCCAACAUCCUCAACAGAGUCUUGUCAGAUAAAGAACCUUCAUUCAAGUUAGACAUCCACAGUGGUCUGCCAGCCCCACCUCAGAUGCCCCUCCCUGAGAUUCCUCACCCCUGGCUGCCUCCAACUGGCCCUCCUCCUCUGCCCAGUUCCUCUCUACCCGAAGGCUACUAUGAGGAAGCAGUUCCUUUAAGUCCUGGAAAGGCUCCUGAAUACAUCACUGCAAACUAUGACUCAGAUGCCAUGAGCAGCUCCUAUGAGUCAUACGACGAGGAAGAGGAGGAUGGUAAGGGCCAGAAGAUGCGUCACCAGUGGCCUUCUGCAGAGGCGUCCAUGGACCUGGUGAAGGACGCAAGGAUCUGUGCAUUCCUUCUGCGCAAGAAGCGCUUUGGCCAGUGGGCCAAACUCCUCUGUGUCAUCAAAGACAACAAACUGCUGUGUUACAAAUCCUCCAAAGAUCACACACCCCAGAUGGAGCUGACCCUGACAGGCUGCACAAUCACCCACAUCCCCAAAGACGGCAAGAAGAAGAAGCACGAACUUAAGAUUAUCCACCAGGGAGCGGAUGCCCUGGUGCUGGCUGUGCAUAGCAAAGAACAGGCCGAGGAGUGGCUUAAGGUGAUGAGAGAGGUGUGUGUGAAUGGGGGUAUAGACUUGGAUAGAGCUGGAUCUGGAUCCCCAGUUCAUAAACCCGAACUGGAAAAGAAAUCCUCGUGUGACAGGCCUAGCUCUGAUGGGGAAGCGACUCAUGAGAACGGACAGGGCGACCAAGCAAAAGGAAAGAAGAACACAAAGUCUGAGCAGAAGACUGGGACAGUAGGGAAGGGGGCAGGGAAGAAGAUUACUAAAAUCAUUGGACUGGGUAAGAAGAAGCCAUCUACAGAAGAGCAGACCUCGUCAGCAGAAGAAGAAGUACCCUUGUGUGGCUACCUGAACGUGUUGUCCAAUAACCGUUGGAGGGAGCGCUGGUGUCGCUUGAAAGAUAACCAGCUGCUCCUCCAUAAGGACCGUGACGACCUUAAGAGCCACAUCGCCUCGCUGCCCCUUCGAGGUUGCGAGGUCAGCCCCGGCCUCGAUCACAAACACCCCUUUGCCUUCCGCUUGCUUCGCAAUGGCCAGGAGGUUGCUGUGCUGGAGGCCUCCUCUUCUGAAGAGAUGGGCCGCUGGUUGGGUAUUUUAUUGGCUGAGACCGGCUCCACUACGGACCCUGCCACUCUGCACUACGACUACAUCGACGUGGAGACCACCGCCAAUGUCAUUCAGCUGGCCAAACAGUCCUUCUGUUUCACCAGUAAGCGUGCUGUCUCUCUUAACCCAUACCUGGACAACCCCGUCAAUGGCUAUGCCUGCCCCACUGGAAUGGCUCUGCACUAUGACGAUGUUCCCAUUAACGGAACGGACCCGGGUGUGCAGUACUCCAGUCCCAACACAAGGGGGGGCCAGCUGAAUGAGGAGGUGCACUAUGAGAACGCUGAGCUCUAUGAGAACAUGCCAUCGUCCAAGCUGGACAUUUGCUAUCCUCCCAAGCUUUCCUCUUCUUCCUCUUCCUCUGCCAGUCACUACAAAAGCCCUGUUUCUAAAGUCUCUUCUAAGUUCCUGGCUGCUGAUACUAAAACUAAAGCUACUGCUCAGCUGAAGGGAAAGAAGGGAACGGCGACCAAUGGGAUGGCAUCCAAACAAAAGACAGAGCCAAAGAACCAGACCAAGAAGAAUGGAGUCAAUGGGACCAAUGGGACAGCUUCUCUGAAACGGAACGACUCCAAUGCAGAGCAGUGCAAGUAUGGGAAGAACCGCGUGGAGGCUGACGCCAAGCGGCUGCAGGUCAAGGAGGAAGAGCUGAUGAAGAAGAAGCAGGAGAUCAGAACCCAUCUGACCUACCUAAAGAAGGAGAGGAGAGACCUGCGCACUGCAGUGGAAGCUGCAGCUGGAAAACGUUCCCACGCCUCGCUGUCAGAGCGACUAAACAAGGUGGAGGAGGACUGCAGGCAGAAGGAGCAGGAGCGGGUUAACAUGGAGCUGGAGAUGACUGAGGUAAAGGAGAGCUUGAAGAAAGCUCUCAGCGGCGGGGUCACCCUGGGCCUCACGAUCGAACCAAAAGCUGGCUCCUCUGGAAUUCAGUCCCCCUGCAACGCUGCGACGGGCCCAGGAGUCUUCAUCCCUUCUCCAGCUGCAGUGACACAGAGUCCUGCUCCCUGCCGGUCAACAGCGCCUCACUCCUUCGCCGGCAGCAGGGGGGCCAGAAGGCCUCGCCAGUCCGGGGACACGUCCUCAGAAAGGCCAAGGAAUGGGAGCAGAAGACCGGCACAUAAACCAGACUGCCCCUCACUUUAGUCCAAUUUCAUAUCGUCUUUUUCUUUUAAGAAAUUGUGCAUAUAUUUAUUUAAAACUGUCAACAAAAACAUUCACAUUGUCAGUGCCACAAACAUUCACAUUUUUUGUAAAUUGCCUUACAUUGAGCAUGCUUAGUGUAAUAAGUUGUGUCACUUGGACUGUCUGCUCCACUUUCUUUUCAGUCAGUGGUUUUUAUUAACAGUGUGGGUUAAAAAUGCAAUAUUAAAAAACAAUAUUUAUUUGUAAAUGUUUUGAGGAAAUACUAGCUUCCCCCUUUUAUUUAUGUUGGUGUAUUUAAAGUUCUUUUUGAUGAAUUUGUCGCGUCCAUGAAAUCUCGUACCCUACACUGUCAUGUAUAUCAGCAUUAGCAAACAAAGUACAUCCCAACAAUGAUGUACACAGCGCAAAUGCUUCUUUCAACCAGGAUCCACAUGUUUCCUAAACUUACUAAAAAGAACAAUGGUAAGAAGGAUAUGGUAAAUGGACUGUACUUGUAUAGCGCUUUUCUAGUCUUCCAACCACUCAAAGCGCUUUAACACUACAUGACAUCAUUCACCCAUUCACACCCAUUCACACACUGAGGACAGGAGAACCAUACACAGUGACACCUGCCCAUCAGUAACUAACAAUCACACGCUGUAGUCGCAGCUACAGGAGCAAUGUUGGGUUAAGUGUCUUGCCCAAGGACACAUCGACAUGCGGGUUAGCCAGGACUGGGAUCGAACCCACAACCCUCUGAUUGGAGGACGACCGUACUCCCCACUCACCCACAGUCGCCCUCACAAACUAAUCAUACUGGCCAAUCAACAAAGCUUUUCAAUUGAUUAAAGGCCAUAAUAAACUUCUUUACUGAAAGUUAUUUACCAGUGAAAGCCCAGCCGUAUUCAAAGUCACCCUAUCCACUUUUAGCCAUGCUGUUUCAAAGGUAAAUGAGUCUUUGUGUUUCUUUAAAUGGUCCCUUGCAGCAGCACUCUAGAUCUAAGUGGUGGAAGAAAGCUCAACUCGCAUGGCUAAUCCCGCCACUGGUCUAUUGUAGUCUUGCGUUCUAAUUUUGUGUUUGUGAGUGCAUGCGUGUGUGUGUGUGUACGGGCGUGUGCUUUGGAUGCUUUAGAAAUAAACAUGCUGUUAACUCAAGUUGUGUAUUCUGCUAAAUUCAUGAUUGUGACUUUAAUUUUCAAUCAUACACAAACAUGUAAAAUAUAAAUAGUGUUUGUGACACAGAAACAAAUGCGUGUGGUUGUGUGUGUCACAAACACAAAUGUGUUCUUAAUGUUUGACGCUCAUUGUCAUGGUGACACUGGAAUAUGUACAUGGUGCUCUGUUGGGGUUUCUGACAGAAGUAUAGCGAUAGUGUUCACUAAAGCUAGAGUUUGGAAAUCAAUAUGUUCAGGACAGGAGCACCAACUGCUCCUCGCUCGCAUCAAUAUUUUCAGAUUGAUCUAGCGGGAAGACCGAAUUGUGUGUGGGGGGGUUCUAGCUACACGUGUCUCGUUGAUUUUCAUUCCCUUUUGGCUCAGCAUGGCUUAUAACUGAGCAAUAUGUCUGAUGUCAGUUAAUGUGAAGCUGCUGUACAUAGCUUGGCUUUGUGUAUGUGUGUUUGUUUUUGCACCUUAUAAUUUUCUACUUUGUUGUAUAUCUCAGACACUCUCCGCCUUGGUGACAGACCAGCUUGUGUAUGUAAUAAUAAACUUCCCAAAAAGUGA